AAGGUGGAUGAACUACGUGAUGACCGAAUCCCCAGGUUCAUUAGACAAUCCAUCGGGUGGAUCCUCGAUUUCAAAUGGUUAUGGAUCGAAUAUAAAUGGGGAAGUGGAUCAUCAUCACUCUCUAUGCAUAAACAAGUUUUCACCAUUACUGAAAUUUCACCUACAUGGGCUUUUUCAUCUGAAGAAACAAAGGUCAUAGUGAUCGGAUAUUUUAAUGGAGGACCAUCACAUCUUGCCGAUUCGGAUUUACUUAUGAUAUUAGGUGACGAAUGUGUUCCAGCUGAAAUGAUUCAACACGGGGUAUAUCGGUGCAAGGAUUUACCACAUUCUCCUGGGUUGGUAAACCUACAUUUGAGCAUGGAUGGUCAAACUCUUAUUAGCCAAGUUAUGAGUUUUGAGUAUCGCUCUCCUUCAGUGGUAAAUGAGGUGGCUUCACCUAACGAUGAACCUAGCAGGGAUGAAUUCCAGAUUCAGAUUAGGCUUGCACAUCUGCUCUUCUCAUCAAGCAACAGCCUGAGCAUCCUAUCAAAUAAGGCAUCUCCAACUGUGUUAAAGGAAGCAAAAAAGUUUGCACACUCAACCUCAUCCAUUAUCAAAGAUUGGGACUAUUUGAUUAAGUCAGCUAUGAACAAUGAUAUCUCAUUUCAACAACCUAUAGGCUAUAGCUAUAGAUGA